GAAAGCCACGGCAAGGACAGAAAAGGGGCGCUUGUAUACAUCGGAUGUGGUGGAACAGACUAAUGAAAUCCACGCACCUUCUAGACUUUAUCCCACUGAUGUUGGUGGAGAUGUGGGUGGUCACUUGUAACAGUGGACAAAGUAGAAAUCCUGAAGAAAUGGAUUUGAGGCUUAAUGGUACAGGUUGCAGAUGUUCUGGGUGGCUGGAGGUGCUUCAUGCAGCCACAUGGAAGAGGAUUGACAGCAGAAAUUUUACACAGCAGAAUGCAGAACUUGCCUGUGGACAACUUGGUUGCCACUUCCCCUUCGGGAUCUUGCAACCAUAUGUUGAAGAAUCGGAGAAGCACGAGACUUGCUUGAUAACCUGCCAAGGAAACGAGACAGCUCUCAAGGACUGCAUAGCCUGUGAUUCCCAUAAUUUCACCUCUCUGGCUGUGUUCCUAGUUUGUCAAGCUCCUGUGCAAACCACUCCGAUAUUCUUGCCUACAACAGCACCCCUGGUGACCUCCUCAAAACCCUUUGAUCACCCAAGGACAAGCAUUGAAGAUGGAACCUCCUUGUGUUCAUGGAUUUUGAAGCCAGAUGUUGAAAGCUACAAGAAAAUGCUGUGCCUGAGUUUACAAAGAUGGUGGAAUAAGUUGGGACCCAGGGUCUGCCAGGGAGUAAACUGUGAAAAUCCAGGACACAAGGAUCAGAACAAGGAAGGGUCACUGCACCACUGGGAGAAGCUGCAGUGUGAAAAAAGGAAUCUUAGCAUGGGUGACUGCUCAGGAAGCACACAAGAGUGCUUAAGCCUAACACUGGUUAGAUGCUCAGAUCAAGAUUUGAAGUCCCAGAAAUCCAGUUCAGAGACUGUCUUAGGAAUCCUGCUUGGUCUUGUUCUUACUGCUGUUCUUUUGAGUAUCUGUGUUCUUCCUACCUACAAAAAAAUUAUGAAAAAAUAUUCCAAGAAGAGGCAGCAACAAUGGAUUGGCCCAAGUGGGGUGAACCAGAAUGUUUCAUUCCAUCGCAAGAACUCUACUGCCUUCCAGACCCAUCUUGAAAGCCCAGUUGUUCAGGAAGAGGGGAACAAAGCUUCCCAGAAAACCUAUCUCUCACCCUAUGCAGCUCUGGAAGGAGCAACCAAUAGAUCUCCCAGCCCUUUGGAUAACUCCUCUGACAGCGAUUAUGACUUAUGUUCCGCACAGCAGUUGUAAACUCUGUGAAGUAUGGAUGACACUCCUUCCUGUUCACCUGCAGUAUAGUGGUUAAGGUGGCAUUGAAGUGACCCUUACUCCAUCCUCAGCUCACUGGAUGACUUCAGGCCAGUCUCUCUCUCUCUCAGGCUUAAACUACCUCACAGGGCGGUUGUGGAGAAAAAUUGGAGGGGAACACAAUAUGUAUGGUUUGAGCUUCUGAGCAAAAAACCCAAUAUAGAUCUGAUAAUGGAAUAUCCUUUAAAUGAAUAGUAAAUUCCAGGGACAUGAUCACUGUAAUAAAUUUAAAGCAGUUUUUGAAAGGAAGGAAACUGAUACUUGUAAUAUAGAUCUUGGAUAGAUGAGUUUCUCUACCUCCACAGCGAUAGCAAAACCAGUCCACCAACUUACUCAUAACCUGAGCAUCAGCAGGUUUUUCCCAGCCAACUAUAUUGCAUUUCAACGCCUAUAAGUCUCAGUCCAUCAAGGAGACGCUGAUAGAGAUAGAAAUCUCCCAAUUUCAGACACUGAAAACCAAUUUGGAUUAUGGACCACUGUAGGAUUAAAAUCCUCCUACCUGACAACCCAAAAUAAGGCUAGGUGAUCUCUGGCAAGCCAAAUAAGGAAGAUGUAUGUGUCAGUUAAAAUUUCAAGAAGACGCAGUAUAUAUAUACUAAGUAGCCAUAUGUACAGAAAUGUGGAUACACGGAUCAUCACCUUACUGAGAUACUGAAUUAGAAUAAGUCAGAAGAGCUAAUAUUAUUCAGUUGGAAAUUUCAAAUAGCAUACAUCUCUUGGCCCAGAGCAUUUAAAUUAAUGUUCAUUUUUUAGGGUGUACAGUAUCAACAUAUACUUGUAAAAAGAUUAUAACUCUAUGUGUUAUAAAUAUGUUGCAAUUAAAUAAAUACUGAAGCUAAUUAGUGAGAGCUUUAAUAAUUGUUAGAUCUAUUGAACUGUCUUCAAGCAACACUAGUUUAAUCUGAAUGGUAGUUGCGGGGUGAACUAUGCAUUCAACAUUCAUGUAGCUCAAAUGACAUCCAUUCUUUAUUUGGUUAUUGACAUUAGGGACUGCAAAAAGUUGGUCCAUAGUUCCAAUUUUCACAUCUGGUUCACAACUGAUUUCUCCUAUGGAUUAAUGCUAUGUUGUUCACCUGUUUAAAUUGCUGUACAUUUCAAAAAUAACAUGGUUAUUAUCUUGCUGUCUUUGGAGAAAGGGGGUAGCCUCUCCAACCAUUUAAUAUAUUUUUGGUGGGACAAAUGAUUGUAUCAAACAUUUUCAACCAGUUCUAUAGUUAGUUCUACAUUUGGAAGGGAAAGUUUUUUUAAAUGAUACUGAAGCUCAUUCUUUGUACAGUAGUUAAUAAAUGGCAUACAUGUUUUUGCUUUCUUAAGCUGCGGUUCACUUUGUCAGUUGAAAUAACCACAUGCACAAAUGCAGAUACGUACUUUUUCAUUGGAUGGAUUGCAGCUUACAAAAGCUUAAAUCUUUUAAUAAAAUAUGUUACCAAUAGAAGAUAAUUUUUUGUAGCUUGGGAUUGAACUGUGAGGUCCUUGGUGCUCUCUGAGCUUGGUGGUUGACUUAUAGAUGUUUCAUUACCAAACUAGGUAACUAGUUAUCAGUGCUGUUGAUGUCACCUAGUUUGAUAAUGAGAAGAAAACCACCAAGCUCAGAGAGCAUCAAGGACGCCACAAUAAAAUGUGUUUGUUGGAAAAGUGCUUCCAGAUUCAUGUUUUGUUUUUUGAUACCAUAGAUUAACAUGGAUCUCCCCUCAUUCCAAGUCUUUGGAAGCCCAUGUUAAAAAUUGUAAAUAUCUAUGGAGCUUCAGCCUAAUUUGGAAAAUUCAAAUAGCAUACUUAUCUUGAUCCAGAGUACUUAAAAAAUAUUUUGAAUUUUCCAAAGACCUGAAAAUAUGUUUGGCCAAUACAAUUACUUUCUUGUAAUUCUUUUUAAAAAGGACCAGUAUGUUGUCCUGGUGCUGGAGAGAUUGGUGAUUAUAUCCUCACUUGUUUCAAAAAUGAUAGGCCAGUCACCACUUUUCAAAUAGACUUAGCUGAGCAAUGAGAAUAGAGGGAGAACCAAAUAUAUUGUUCUUUGAAAAAUGGCACUUGGACAUAAAAAUGUAAUCACAAAACUUUAAAAAGAAAAAAAAAACCUGUUCCUUUAACUAACAAAUCAACUAGAAUCUUGAAGCCUAUUCUCUAGAAGUAGAUUGUUUUAUUGAUUUGUAUGGAAUUAGAAACAACCAAGUAUGCAAUUAAUCAGAAAAUGGAACAAUGAAACAACUACGCUUAUCUAAGCUUUGUGUGCAGCUAUAAAAAGCUUUCACAAUUUUUAGAUAAUAUUGAUCUAAACUAGAUUACUUCAAAAACAACUCUCUGGUGAUUAAUUUUGGCAUGCAACUGAGAGCAAUUUGCAAUGCAAUUGUCUGCACGGUUUAACAAAUGUCCCUUGUUGCUCAGAUUCCUUGAAUUGGGGUGUAGUAAAAUAAAGAACAUGUCAAACUCAUUAAGGCUUUUGUUCCUGUGCCUUCUUUGGAUAGGGCAGGAACUGGUUUUAACUUAAUCCUUGUGAGUGGCUGCAGACAACAGGGCCUCCUGGAUCCAGGGAUUUUUCAUCUCUAACCUUGAGUGGGUUAGCUCUUGCCUAUUAAAGACCAGCACCUUCUCUGUCACAGUGCCUGAAAUUUGUGUGGUUCUACUCCAUUGGUAAUCUAGAAGGCUUUUAAGACCUGUGUCAGACCUGCCUCAGCUUGAACCUCUAAGUAAGAACGACCCUCAAUCCUCCCCAUUUAUUGAGAAAGGUAUGGUUUACUGGAAGUCAGGUGAAUUACAGCAACGCAUAGCCAGAACUGAAAAACAUGCACCAAAACUCCCAAGUCUAUUUUUUCCCUCCCUUAGUUGCCAUCCAUCACUGGGCUCCCAUGUCCAAUCAAAUUCAAACAAGAUAUUUUUAGAACGGUCACUUCAGGCCAGAGGUUUGGUAUGCAGCUGCGCUCCAUUCCUAGCCAAUUGUCCUUAAAGCCCAUCUUGGAGAAAUACAAUGAAGUUUCGUUUCCUUCAAAACAUCCUCCCUCCCAUCCACCACCACCCCUUGAGUUCACGGCAGCUAAUACUGAACGGUGGCAAAGUGCAAGGGGGAGGUGGCAGCUGACAACCUGGCUGUUCUACCAGGCCUUGAAUUAGAGUGAAUAGAUGUCCUUUGUGGCAGGCAUUUUGUAGAUUAGUUCUCUUGAAUAAACAAGAUGAAAUAUCUGGCUACUUAUCUUGUACAUUGUUAUUUUCAAAUUCUGUUUUGCUAUAUUGUGACCCAUCCAGAGUGGUGUGAAAAGACAGGUGGUGGCUAAAUUGAUUAAAUAAUCAUUAUCAGCUUUUACUGGAAAAGAUAUUUGUAUUUCUGUCCAUGUUUAACGUAGCUAAUAAUAAUGCAAUACUUAAAUUCCCAUAAAACAAUAAUAAAAAUUAAAGUAAUUCAAAAUAAAAAAUCCCUGGUUAAACUGGAAGAUUUGGAUUUAGUGUAACUUCCAAGGGAACGCAUCCCAAACAAAGCUUGAGAAGAACACAAGAACUAGUCCAAGAGGCCAUCUAAGAGAGCUUCUUCUGCCGAGUUUACUAUUUGGAUAGGUUCAUACUAAGAUAAUUGUCCCUUAGAUAUUUGUUUUCUAAGCUUUCAACAUUGAAUUCAAUAUUUUCAACUGUCUGAAAAACAAUGGACAAAUAGGGCAGUUUUCCAACAGAAACAUUACGCUUCAUGUAUCAUGUACCAGUUAGCUGCCUUAUUCUUCGUUUUACAACAUCUGAACCUUCCAGACAUUUUGCAAUGGUCAACCCAUAUAGAAUCGAUUAUAAUAAUCUAAACCAUCAUUAAGAUGUGAUGUCUUACUUUCCUCAAAGUAAUGGUUGAUUAAAAACUAACGACCUUCUCUGGACGUGUAAUGAAAUAACUUCUGCAAUCCUAGCUCCUCUAGAAAAAUACUGUAAAAGCAGGGGUGUCAAACUGCGGGCCGGAUGCAUCAUAGCGAAACUGCACCCACCCCAUUUCUUGCAAUGGCAAAAAAAGUCACGAUAUGUUGCAACACAUCACGUGACAUUGCGAGUUUGACACGCCUGCUGUAAAGAAACAACAAAAUCUAGGGGGGGUGGAACCUAAGUAAAAUAAAGAUAGAAAUUGGCAACAGGUGACACAGACUAUGGCUUUUAAAUUCUGCAAAUUACAAUUUGGACUUCACUGUUAUUUCCCCCCUUUCCCUGUGCAAAAGGAAAAAAUAUGCAAACAGAUAUAAAGUAAAUGACAAAUUGAUAUAUUUAUGAUGCAUUCCAUAAAGAACCCAAAGAAUCAGUCUAUCAUAAUAAUUAAAAAUGCCUUCAUAGGUGAUGUAGGACUCACAUAUUUUGUUUGUUGCAGAUUUAUGAGGGUACAAAUUCUAGCCUGCAAAUAACUAAGUGACAAGAUAUACUACUCCCCGACUUUUAGACUUUAAUGGUAUCGCAAAAUCUUCGGAUGGUUUGAUCAACCAAUUACUUAGUUAAGAGCAUACAAUUUUUACUAGGGAAGAAAACAUUAAACUUGGAAUUAUACCAGUUAAGUUGGUAUGAGAAUCUUCUUGCAUUCCCAGGAAGGUCAAAAUAUAGGGGUCACAAAUUAAGACAACGAAUAUUGGGAAGGGUGUGAUUGCUUGAUGUGUUUAUAGAUAUUUAAGGAAUGUUUGUGGUAACCUUAAUAGGUGAAUUAGUUUAGAGUAAUGGUUUUGGGUUUGGGUUUUUUUUGGUAUGUCAUCUAUGUUAUUUGUUGACAAAACACCUGAAUGAUUUGCAGUCAAUGUUUGUUAGGCUAUAUGAUGCCACAAGGUUCAGAAAAAUAAUAUACCAAACAGAAGAUUGUCUUUGACAGGCAAAAUGGAGUGGAUGACUGCCAGAUAUAUAUAUUGCUCAUAAAAAUAAAGGGAACACAAAAAUAAGACAUCCUAUAAGUUUGUGUUCCCUUUAUUUUUUUGAGCAGUAUAUAAAUGGAGAAAAACUAAAGCAAGCAAAUCAGUUUGUGUACUUUGGUGCGAUGCUUACUAAAUAUGGGAAAAUGGAGAAUUUAGGAUAAAUGCUGGCAAAAAAGGUAGUGGCCCUUAAGUGUUCUGGUGUGAAAUUGUUAUGUAUAACAAUGUGCUUCUCCCCAAUUUGUUAUACAGAAAUGAAAGGUGAAUAUCUUAGGAGAAACGUUAAGAACUUGGAUGCAGCUGGAAUGGGGUACAGUACUUAAGUAUAUGCAGCAAAGGAAGAUGUGGUCAGUGGCGAGGGGUGUUGGAUGAAUAUGGAUUGAAUACAAAAGUGAAUAUUAUGAAAUGAUUUGGUUAUUUGAGUGAUUUGGUUAUUUAUGGAGAGAAUGAUAAUCAAAUCUCAAAUAUACAAAGAAAAAAAUGAAAGGCUGAAGAGGACAUCAUGAUUCAUUAGAAUUGGUGGUCCAAAUAAACAGAUAUGAGAAGUUUAAAAAGCAAAAAGCUACAUAUGGAGAAAUGAAUGGGAAGAGUGAAACCAAAGACGCAAGGAUACAAACAUUUGGAGUGGUCUAAUGAGUCAUGUUCAUGUAAAUUACAGCUUUUUGCUUUUCUAUCUGUCUUUAAUUUUUUAUUUCUUACUCCUUUCUACACUUUAUAUGAAAUUGCUUAGCUAGAAAAAGUCAUGUGAUGGAUAUAUAGAUAUGAAGUUAUUACACAUUAGGUCAACACUGGAAAAAUCUAGAAUUAAAUAAUAAUUUAAAUCAUUAUUGGCCAAGCAGCAAUUUAUACUGGGAAGAAGGAUAUAAAGAGAAUGGGGAGACAAUAACAGAAUAAUAAAGGAGGAAAUGAAUCAUGAAAAUUAAAAUUUAGAGAAUGGAGAUGCUUCAGUGUUAAAAGAAUUGGAGAUGAGUUAAAUCUAUUGGUCCAUGGGGGGGGAUAGAAUAAUAAAUAUAUAUCUUUAAGUAAAUUAAAGGUCAGCUAGUACAAGAGAGUUAUGAAUCUGAGAUGAAAAUGAAGCGCCUAUUGAUACAAUAUAAAUCAAAGAAAACAUGUUGCAAAAUUUCAAGUAUAAAUCAGCUACAGCCUCAUUUCCAAAAUUCAUAGCAACACAAUUAUAUGCAGUUCAUCAAAUUUUAUUACCAUAAUCAAUUACAUAUAUGCAAUUGCUUCCAUCAAAUCUGAAAGUCAGUCAAAUCUAUUGUUUAUUUUUAAAAAAUAAAUUACAGACAAGCAAGAGGAUAAAGUGCUUAGCAAAACUAUUUUGUUUUCCAUUACAUCCCCUGCACCCUAUUAAUUGACAGCCAGUGUUUCUUCUUCUCAACCAAAGUGAAACAAUAAACAAAAAGAAGGGAAAUGCCUCCGUUUCCUAUAUUCUCUGUAAAAUUAAAAGAUUAAAGAAAAGGAUCUGGAUAUGAUGAAACCUACAAAUCCAAAUUCCUGAGAAGGUUGUCACACUCAAUAAUGUAGGUAGGACAUUACGUCAUUUAUUCCUCAAUAUAAAUAAUGCAUAGUGAUUUGGCUUUCUAUUGGUCAAUAAUGCUAACCAACUACCAAGCAAUGCCAAGAUCACAAGUUGCUUAGGUCAAACAAAAUCACAGAGCAACUGUUCAAAGGGUAACCUAUGGACUGAAGAAGUCAUGGUUAAGUCUCGUUCCAUGGUAUGAAAUCAAGAAAGUACAAGUUAACUUGUUAUGGAAGAAAGAGGAGAAUCCAAACAAUGGCACCUUUUUUUAAAAAAAAA